AUGCGGGAGGACAGCUCUGGGCGCCUUCUGAGUCUGCGCCCGAAGCGUCCCGUCAGCGCAGACCCCCUCUCCCCGCUGCCCCGGGCAGGAGGAGGGCAUGGCUUAGGGCCUCCGGGGCCAGCAGCCCGGCGUCGUUGGCUCCAGGGACGUCGCGGCAGAGGGCAACGGGCGCUCCCUGAGAAGAGGGACGAGGUCCCGGCCCGAGCACCCCCGGAGCUGGAUCUCGGGGGCCGCGACUUGCCGAAGACCGUGCCGCGCUCCCCGGAGACGCGCGGCCCGCGCCCGGGUGCCAUGCGGGGCGGCCGCCGCCCGCCCGCCGCCGCCCGGACCCCCGCCGCGCUCCUGCGGCUGCUGCUGGCCGCGCUGCUGGCGGCGGGCGUGCGGGCCAGCGGCGAGUACUGCCACGGCUGGCUGGACGCGCAGGGCGCCUGGCACGUCGGCUUCCAGUGCCCCGAGCGCUUCGACGGCGGCGACGCCACCAUCUGCUGCGGCGGCUGCGCGCUGCGCUACUGCUGCUCCAGCGCCGACGCGCGCCUGGACCAGGGCGGCUGCGACAACGACCGCCAGCAGGGCGCCGGCGAGCCCGGCCGCGCGGACAAAGACGGCUCGGACGGCUCGGCAGUCCCCAUCUACGUGCCAUUCCUCAUCGUUGGGUCCGUGUUUGUCGCCUUCAUCAUCUUGGGGUCAAUCGUGGCCGCCUGUUGCUGCAGAUGUCUCCGUCCUAAGCAGGAGCCCCAGCAGAGCCGGGCCCCUGGGGGGAGCCGCUUGAUGGAGACCAUCCCCAUGAUCCCCAGCGCCAGCACUUCCCGGGGCUCGUCCUCCCGCCAGUCCAGCACAGCUGCCAGCUCCAGCUCCAGCGCCAACUCCGGAGCCCGGGCGCCCCCAACGAGGUCACAGACCAACUGCUGCUUGCCCGAGGGGACCAUGAACAACGUCUAUGUCAACAUGCCCACGAACUUCUCUGUGCUGAACUGUCAGCAGGCCACCCAAAUUGUGCCCCAUCAAGGGCAGUAUCUGCAUCCCCCGUAUGUGGGAUACACGGUGCAGCAUGACUCGGUGCCCAUGACUCCUGUGCCGCCUUUCAUGGACGGCCUACAGACGGGCUACAGGCAGAUCCAGGCCCCCUUCCCUCACACUAACAGUGAACAGAAGAUGUACCCAGCCGUGACCGUGUGA